AUGGGAAGGUCUAGGGUUAAAAGUAAUUCCAUUUCCAACCACCCAAACAUAUCGCAAAGCAUCCAUCCGAAAGUGAAUCGGAAAAUGGGAUUUUAUGAGGAGAGAGCUGACGCCGAAAAUGCAAUCCCCUUAUCAUCAAGUGAGUCUUCCGACGAAAAGCUUUCACAAAGUAUUUGGGAGACUUUUCUUGCCACGAAGCAGACCGAAGAAACAUUUGCCAAAAAAAUGAAGAUAUGGCAAGUCCUGUUCAAAUGCAUUCAAAAUAUGUCAUGGCUCCCCAAGUAUGAGCUUUACUUAAUGGGGAGCACGAUCACUGGCUAUGGUACGAACAAUUCGGAUAUUGACAUAUGCAUGGUGGAUACGGACGGUGCCACCUAUUGUGAUUCGCGUACGGAAGCUUUGCACAAUUUAUGGCUAGUGAAAAACUUCAUCGAGUCUUCACCAUCUUUACACUUCGAGCACAUCAAGAUGGUACGGGCGAAAGUGCCCAUUCUCCGUUUUCGCCACACCAAAGAAAAUAUUGAUAUUGACUUGAGCUUUAACAAUAGCGAAGGUAUACGAAAUACUCACUUGUUGCACUGCUACGCUCAAUUGGACUGGCGAGUGCGUCCCCUUGUCGUAAUUAUCAAGCAGUGGGCGCAACAUCACAAUCUGAAUGAUCCGAAAAACGCAACAAUGUCAAGCUAUUCGUUAGUACUUAUGGUUAUCAAUUUCCUUCAAGCCGGAGUAAGCCCUGCUGUUCUCCCAUGUUUGCAUAACAUAUAUCCUGAUAAAUUUGCGUCGGAUACUUAUUGGAAUAAUUUACUUGAAAGUAUUGCACCAUAUCCUACGGAAAACAGAGAAUCACUUGGAGAACUGUUGCUUAAAUUUUUCAAAUAUUAUGCAGAUUUUGACUAUUCCAACUCUAUGAUAUCCGUUCGUACUGGAGGACUGUUGCCAAAAACAGAAUAUAAUUGGAACAAUAGCAAAAUGAUAUCCCAUGUGUGUAAUUUCCUAUGGAUUGAAGAACCUUUUAAUCGUACUAAUACUGGAAAGUCUGUUCAUAACGAAUAUGUGUUUCAACAAAUCAAACUCGCCUUCCACGCAUCCUGGAAAAUGUUGCAAGAAAGCCAAGAUUUAAGCAUUUUGUUUCUUGAGCCCCUAUUUACUCCAUCUAUGCUUCCAUCCUCACACAGUUAUUUUUAA